GCCGCAUUCAGUACGACAGCGAGGCUCGCCACGAGCGCGGCGCGCGCGCCUUUACUUGUUCGUUUUUUUUUUAAAUAUUUCUGCAGUUUUACCUUCCACCCAAUAUGCAGUUUAGUGCAGUUAGUGUUUUAAAAUAAAUAUUACAUUAAUUACCCAAAAGUAUAUAGUUCUGUGAUCGUUACUCGCUACGGUCCAAAGAACAAUGCUGUGGGAAAAAAUAACGUUCAGCUGGCAUCGGCGGUCGUUCCCAGCUACCUACCCGAGCCCGAGCUCCCUCCCCGCGCGCGCCGGGUGCCGGGUUCAAUGCGCCUCUCCGCGUUUAUUCAUCGUUUGUGGGAAAAGUUGACCCCCCAUUUAAAAAUUAUUGUUAACGAAUUCACACGAACCGUAUGUGCUAGUACCGCAUCUUGGACGAUCUUCGAAAGUUUUGCGCGUGAGAUUAAUUCGUAAUACGUAUCGCCUAUCCUACUUUAUCGCAACCGUUUCUUUUUCACGUGAGCAAAACACGAGACUGGCAACUUCAGAUGUAAUCAAAUAGAUAAAAGAUAAAAAAGUGUGAGUUUUUUUGUAUUAUGCGCAAGUUUUCAAGGUAGUGGCGCCAGCAAGAGGAACUGUAUUGUUUAUUUUGAGCUUUGCCAUGUUUGUGGAGUUUAAUCUUCGUCGAAAUUAUUAUCUUGUUGUGUUAAGGAUAGAGUGUUUUUGUCGCAAGAGGACACGGCUGUAGACGUUACGUUAGUUGUGUGUUGAAUAAUCUGUGAAGUGACCGUUGAAUUCGACAAAUUCUGUGAUGUGUUGUGAUGUCUCACUUUAGUGGUUGAGUGGUCACUUGGAGUGACGUCACAGUUACAAAUCAAGUUCUGCGAGCUGUAGCAAGAUGGGGAACCAAGGCUCGUCGCCGCACGAGCCCCUGGACCGUGCGCAAGCGCAGAAUGCCGACCUUAAAAUGAAGUCGUCGGUGCGCGGUUCGCUGAGGCGGGCGCGCGCGGGCGCCGCGCUGUCGCCGCCGCGCGCCGGAAUGGAGCGGCUGCGGCGGUCGUUCCGCGAGUCGUUCCGGCGGCGCAAGGGCAGCCCGCCGGAGUCAGCGCGCCCGCACCAGUGGCAUGCAGACGAGGCAGCCGUACGCGCCGGUACUUGCACCUUCCCUGUCAAGUAUCUCGGCUGCGUUGAGGUGUUCGAGUCACGUGGCAUGCAGGUCUGCGAAGAGGCCAUUAAAGUACUCAGAAAUUCUCGGCGGCGACCCAUCCGCGCCGUUCUGCACGUGAGCGGCGAUGGACUGCGCGUCGUCGAGGAGGAGACCAAGGGCCUCAUUGUCGACCAGACCAUAGAGAAGGUGUCUUUUUGUGCGCCCGACAGAAACCACGAAAGAGGAUUCAGCUACAUCUGCCGUGAUGGCACGACGCGCCGCUGGAUGUGCCACGGGUUCCUGGCUGCGCGCGACAGUGGCGAGCGGCUGUCGCACGCAGUGGGCUGCGCGUUUGCCGCCUGCCUCGAGCGCAAGCAGAGGCGCGACAAGGAGUGCGCCGUCUCCAUGAGCAUCGACGCCGCCAGCCACGCCUUCACCAGACAGGGCUCCUUCCGCAAAUCCGGUAUAACACGUCGCGCGUCAGAAGCGGAUACGCCGUCAGUGACGCCAGGUGUGGGCGUUGGCGGGGGCGUGGUGAACGCGGGAGGCGGGGUGGUCGGUGCGGGCGCGCGGCCGCACAACCCGUUCGCAGUGGAGCGACCGCACGCCGCGCCGCAUCUCCUCGAGCGACAAGGCUCCUUCCGUGGCUUCGCGCACCUCAACAACAGUUCUCCAUUCAAGCGUCAGAUGUCGCUGCGCAUCAGCGAGCUGCCGUCGAACCUGGAGCGGCAGCGCAUUGGGCUGGGCUCCCCGCCCUCCGUGCUGCCCGCCCCCAGCCCCGCGCCCGCGCCCGCCCUGCCCCAGCAGUAUCAGCUAACUAAGUCUCAAAGGGUCUUCACCAUGAAGAAAACGCCAUCUAUAAACGAAUUUGUUGUCCAAAUGUAUUCCAAUGAUAAGGGUUGGAAAGUCAAGAGACUUAUCAAGGUCAAAUUAUGGACAAGAGAUAUGACUAAUUCGAUACAGUUCCUGAAAGACGAAUGA